AUGCAUGAUGUAAAAACUUUUAUUAGCUUUGAGGUUGGACAUGAGAAUCAUGUCGAAAGUUUUCCAUUCAACGUAAAUAGUUUCCCAAAUUCGAGUCUUCGGAACGCUUGGCCCCAAAAACUCAAACCAGCUUACCAAGCAAGGAUCCCAGACGACGAUAUUAUCAUUUACAUAUUCGAACACAUGUUGCCAGUGGUCGGGCCUUCGCGCUGGAUCCUCAGCAUGGCGAAUGAUAAAAUGCAACCACCGAGGUGGGCACUGGGAGGCCCCGUUCUGUACUUGAAUGCAAAGUUGAAUGCGUGUCCCGUGUCAGGCUUGUCCCUCUCUUGUGCUGGCUUGUCUGUCACAUUCGCCGAGCAUGCUAGGUCGCCACUAAAUGGUGUGGACAGGGUUGGCAACAUGAGUCCAAAGACCACUCAACAUCUUCUACCCCUUGUAUCCUAUAUUCGCAGUUUAGUAAGCUACCAGGCCGUUGUUGCCUACCCCAGCAACCCCGUUGUCGGUUUCUUCAAACGAGGUCAAUCCAGUGGAGAGUUAGAAGAGUCUGCUACGGUCAGAAGCUUCUCCAAACUCUCUACUUCCUGUCAAAUCUCUGCGAGUAGUUUACUCGCAGGCCCAUUCGGAACUUGUGCCAACCUUAUCGGACUGGUCUCAAUCCUUGAAAGCAAAGACUCUAUCAUCUCUCCAAUCAACAACUGGGUCUCCCAAGCGUGCUCAUCAGCAGCCUGCGAUCCGGCAGGAUUAGCUUCGGCAAGUAAAGUCAUUCUGAACGGUUGUAAGACUGACUUGGAGGACCAGUCGAUUGCCGCCGUGGCCAUGUAUUCAAUAAUCACACAUUACAAUGAAACCAGAGACAUGUUUUGCACGCAAAGCAAACAAGAUGGAAGUUUCUGUCUUCCAUCAGUUUUAGGCAACGUCGAGGCUCAAAGCGGCGAAAAAAUUACUGUUGCUGAAGUGGUUUCCUUGAUCUCCGGAAAACUUACUCGAGCCGACCGGGCAUUUGUCGCCGUCCCAAAGGAAACCUACUGCACUGAUUGCGCACAUGCGAUCGUGAGUCAAUCAGCUAUUAUGAUUGAUGCGAUAGCCAAAGACCCCGCCGGCAUCAAAUUCGAGUACGGCUCGAACGAGUCUGUGCAUCGGAUCAGCGACAUCUGCGGCGCUUCUUUUGGUGAUCGCGCACUUCCUCCCACAGUCCAAAUUGCCCAGCCCAAAUCUCAAGACACAUCGGCUGAUACGCUUGACAACUCCGAAUCAUUCAAUAACGAGGCUUUCUCUCAAGAUCCAAGUUUCCCAUUGUCAUCCUACUAGUGCUAUGUACAGCCCCUUGACAGAAAU